AUGAUGGAUAGAAAACGCAGAAGAACGGCCCUCCAGGCUGCGGUCGCUGUGGAAUCGCUCGAUGCUGUUGAGUUGCUUCUUGAAAACGGCGCGGAUACGAGCAGCUGUCGCACACUUCCUUGGGAUAUUCGGAAACCGUACAAUAUGGGUAAAAUCAUCAGGCUCCUAGUUAGAUAUGGGCUUAAUUCGAACUUUGAUCAGCAAGGAGAAGUCGGUGCAGUGCUGCAGUGCGCUAUAAAAACUGAAGAUUUGGAUAUCGUUAAAUUACUAUUAGACAGAGGCGCAGAUAUAGAUCUCAUUAAUGAAUACCAGAUCACAGAUACCUUUUGUCAUCGCCCACCAAGAGGCAAUGCUUGGCUGAAAUAUCAUAAAACACCAUUAGCUAUUGCGCUAUGCGGGAAAAAUAAGGAUAUGGUAAUGCUACUAUUAGAUAGGGGAGCAAGCAUGAAAAUGGCCUUGAGAACAUUGUACGACGCGGAGAAGUGUGACGGUCCCGAAGGCCUGGAGGCCAGCUCGAUGGAGCUUCUGGUUGAGUGCGGGAUGGAUAUAGAUCAUCCGCUAGAGACCUGGAAGCUCCUUGAAACAAAUCUUGAGAUCCGUAGAUAUGGAUAUAAAUAUGAGAGGGUUCGGAGUGGAACAAUCUUGCAAUACGCUGUACUCACGAAUAACUUGGCUUUUGCUAAGUAUCUGCUUUCCAAAGGCGCGAAGACAAACACUCGUAAUCGACACCGGGAGACACCGCAUCAUCUAGCAGCACGACUCGGCUUUAUCUCUAUUGCCCGGCCGCUGCUUAACGCUGAGAGAGGCGAAAAAGAUACGCCCAUCACCGAUAAGACCCGGGAAUGCAUUGAUGCGAACGAUGCAGUUGGCAAUACAGCAUUACAUCUCGCUGCCGGACGUGGUGAGGAGGUCAUUGUCAAGAUGCUGCUACAUACCGGCGCCGACGUCGAAGCCCGAGACGAUGAAGGGAGGAGUGCAAUACACCGCGCUAUUUCAGGCAGAAAUCAAGACAUGGCAUUGAUGCUCAUAGGGAAAGAUGCUGACGGAAAUACGCCGCUUCAUCUUCUAUUGCACAAUCACCUGGACGACGAUGCUGUUAUGGCAGCACGCUGCAUAAUGAUAAACGCCGGUACGAACGUAAAUACAAAAGAUAAGCUCGGACGGACACCACUUCACAUUGCAGCAGACAAAGGGUUAGUGAGCGCGGUGGAACUACUUGUCGCAUCUGGAUCUGACCUCAAAGCACGAGACUUGAAGGGAAGGCUACCAAUUCAUUAUGCAGCUUUGUCACGGAUAGGGCUAGGUGCAUUGGUGCUACUUAUUGAGAAAGGUUCAGAUAUCGAUGCACAAGAUGACGAGCAAUGCACACCACUUGAAUGCAUAGCUCGGGAUCCGGGCAAGGAUUUGCUGUCAGAUCAGAUGCGACUUUUGCUGAAGAAAAAGGCGAAAUUGGACAAUAGGGACAGGAAUGGUAACACGCCGCUGAUGGAGCUUAUGAGGCGCUCCAGAUUUGAGAAUGAUUCAUUCCCAUGCGAGGAUGACGAGAAGCGGGUGUGUUGGAGGGAUAAGAUCAGGAUGUUAAUUCAAGCGGGCGCCGAUGUUACGGUUGUUAACAGUGAAAAUGAAAACCUGCUACACCUUGCUGCCGGGGCCGCCUGCGACGACAAACUCGUUCGUUUACUCGUAGGCGCUGGGGUGGAUGUUAAUGGACUGGAUAAUAAGUCCAUGACACCGCUGCACCUGGCUAUCCGCCAUCUAUUGGAAGCAGGUGCCACGGCCGACUCGCGUCGGCAUAUAAAUGCACAUGAUAGAAAGGGCAGAGCACGACUACACUACGCAGCAAAACUCCCUUCGGAGUAUCUAGGAACUGCGAUCAGUAAACUAAUUAAACGUGGUUGUGAUGUGAACGCCGCAGAUAUCAACGGGAGAACACCUCUAAUGACCCUCCUUGAGAACUGGUCCCGCAGUGAAGAGCCAGUCCGGGGCGCUGUCCAAACCCUUCUCAAGGCAGGCGCCAAUGUAAAAAUCACUAGCAACAACGAACGGAGCUUGCUAUAUGCUGCUACUCAAAACGGAUACGCAACAACACUCCCUCUCAUCAUAGAUGUCGGCGCCGACGUUCAUGCCACUGAUAACAAGCUGAGAACCCCGCUACAUUACGCGGUGAAAGACGGCUAUGACGUGACUCGGGAUCCGAAGGUUGAGCUACUACUCAGGAACGGUGCGGAUAUAGACGCUAAGGAUUACGAUGGAAAUACGCCACGAUUCUGUCUGAGUCAUGAGAUAGAAAACAGUGAGGCAGAAGAGAGUGAAGAUAAUGAUAUGAAUAUAGACGAGCGUGAGACAGAUGAUAGUGGGGGAGAUGAAGGCGGGAGCCCUUUACAUCUGGCAGCGCAAACGGGCAACGAAGAAUUGGCCUCUUAA